CGCUGUCUUGCCACUGACUGAAGGGACCUCUUUGCAGACUGUCGAUACCGUUUUCAUUUUCAACGUAGCUUCCUACCCCACAAAAAACGCAAAAAUGACCAGGAAAUUCUUCGUUGGUGGAAACUGGAAAAUGAACGGAGACAAGAAGAGUCUCGGGGAGCUCAUUCACACCAUGAACGGAGCCAAAGUGGACGCCAAUGUUGAGGUGGUGUGUGGCUGCCCAGCCAUCUAUCUGGAUUUCGCCAGGUCCAAGCUGGAUCACAAGUUUGGAGUAGCAGCUCAGAACUGCUACAAAGUUGCCAAGGGCGCCUUCACUGGUGAGAUCAGCCCUGCGAUGAUCAAAGACUGCGGUGUGCACUGGGUGAUCCUGGGACACUCUGAGAGGCGCCAUGUCUUUGGAGAGAGUGAUGAGCUGAUUGGUCAGAAGACAGCCCACGCCCUGGAGAACGGCCUCGGCGUGAUCGCCUGCAUUGGUGAGAAGCUUGACGAGAGGGAGGGAGGCAUCACUGAGAAAGUGGUGUUUGCUCAGACUAAAGUCAUCGCAGACAAUGUAAAGGACUGGACUAAGGUCGUGCUCGCUUAUGAGCCUGUUUGGGCCAUUGGCACUGGCAAGACUGCCUCUCCAGCACAGGCUCAGGAGGUUCAUGACAAACUGAGGGGGUGGAUGAAGACCCACGUGUCUGAGGCUGUGGCCAACUCUGUGAGGAUCAUUUAUGGAGGUUCCGUGACCGGCGCCACCUGCAAAGAACUUGCAUCCCAGAAAGACGUUGACGGUUUCCUUGUGGGCGGAGCUUCCCUCAAGCCAGAAUUCAUUGAAAUCAUCAAUGCCAAGGUAUAAAAACCUGAGCAUUUGUGAGGUGACCACAUCUGAGGCCAGCUUCACAUUGGCGAUCCAGUUCCAUCACCCCUGUCUCUUGGCACUUGGUCCUGUUUCCCCCUUUUUAGUCAAAGUAUUCGUGUAAUGUUGUCGUUCCCACUUUUUCUUUUUCUUUUUGCAUUUUGUCAUAAAGAAAAGGGACAGGUUGACACAUGCAUUGUAUUGCACUGAUGAGUCUACUGAGAACAGUCUGUGUGCAACAACUUCCACACUAAGUGCUCAAGCUGUAAAUGCUGACACCCUGAGGUGGACAGACGGCCCACGCCUUUACUUGAAAAGUUUACCAAGUAUUUUUUUUGUGUAAACGGUGUCGCACAUGUCUUUUUACUGGUAUCUCUUGUGUAAUUAUUCUGAUCUGUGGCUUUUACUUCCCUGUAGAUGUGCAUGAUCCAACGUCUUUUUUCAUUGAGUGUUUUGCCGAGAGAAAAGUGUCCAUUAUAUAGUAACCAUACUGUGUCGUGGCCACUGGGUACAAGGGAAGCAUGGCUAUAGGAAAACGUAAUAAAGAGUUUAGCCAGAAA